UUGUUUACCGCUGACCAGAAACUCAAAGGUGAUUUGCCAAUCUACACAAGGCAAAAUCCAGCAGGAACAAGGAGGGGCCUCGAGGUACCUGAAGAACGUGAUUACUAUCCAUACUGGGGCCCCACCCCGUGGAACGACAUUGCUGUCCUAGUCAGUGAUAAAAAGACUCUGGAAUUAAUGGAGAAACACUUUAACAACUCUCAUUACGGCUACAAACGUGAGUAUGUGCCAAAUCGUUAAUCCAAAGUGUUAAUCCUACACAAAAGAAACUUGCUAAGUUUUGACUACUACAAAUUUAGCACAAGUGAUAGCACAAGUUGAAUCGUUGGUUUAAUUCUUUGCCAACGCCAGUCUGAAAGUUCUUUACAUGGUUCCUGGUUUAAUCGAACUGGUCUUUUUGCUGUGAAUAGAAAUCAGUGUUUAAAAUGACUUACACACUAUACAGGCUUUCUGUAGGUUAGAAAGUAGUGAUCAUCGUAUAAGGAAAGCUUCGACUUUGCCGACCCCAACCCCGACCUGUGAGGAAAUUUAAACAUCUCAAAAGUGGAAGUGAUGUUGUCUGCGAUAGAAUGCGCCAUCUUGUCGACUUCAAAGAUGCCGGUCUUGAAUAGAGUACUGUUGACCCAGCUCUUCUGUUCAGUCUAAACAGUUCAAUGCAAGUAACGCUUUCUGCACGAACUUUCACGGAGUUGCCAUCCCUAAUAGUUGUUAAGUGCGGAUCACUGUGAACCGCUUUGUGCUCGAACGGAAGCGAUAUCAGGAGGUCUUCUUUUCUCUUUUUCUUCUUUCAAACAAUGUCCCGGACUUGAAAAACUAUCUCUGCCACUUAAUGAUGAUUCCCUUCCUAAAAUCACACGCAUGAAAUCUUUAAGUUCUUCUAAAGCGUUAUGUGGUUCACUGACAGAGCAAGAAGGCUCAAUUUUGAGGUGGUUAAUUUUCGUUCGUAAAUAACCGAAUAUUGCUUAAUCUUUUUGCAGACAUGUGUAUUAUGCCAUCCACGCUGGCUGGAAAUUUACACUGUCCUCGAGAACAUACCAACCAUAUUGCACAACAGUGCGUUGCUAAAUACAUCACUGCUAACACCUGUAAAGCUGCAGGUGGUAGAUGGACAAAAUUCAUCACAAACAUUGUGGAGAGAACCUCUGGAAUUUUGAACACUUGUCACGCUAUGGGGGAUAUGAAGUUCAAAAGAGGCAUUCCUUAUCAGCCUCACAAAGUGUCCCAAGGAGCUGAUGAACCGGUGCAGUAUGUUCUCGUUCAGAAACCACCCGACGUAAUCUACGCUCCGUCCACCGUCGUAAACCAUAACGGAAUAAAUAUGGAGGGCAAGUUUUCUUCUUAUAAGUGGAAAGUACCCUGCUUUCCUACCAACACAACACAGCGCUGCGUGCUACGUAUAAGGUAGGAAGUGUACGGCCACAGACCUUAUUCGCAUCAUGUAAGGAAAUCUGGAUUCCGGGGAGUUCUGGGAAAUUUUUGCUUGUGGAAUCCGGAAUCCUGGUCUUUGGAAUAUGGAAUACAGCUCAAGGAAUCCAGAAUCCCACUAACGACUGGAAUUCAGAGUCCAAGUCCCAUUGACAAGGACUGAAAUUCAGUACCUGGAAUCCGGAAUAUGGAAUCCACAAUCUGUCUUGGAUUCCACAUGAGGUGACCUUAUUCGAAAAUCCAAAACCAAGACCAAGUUUUGUGAGCCCGCGAGACUGAGCACCCCACCCAAACCCUUGUUUUCACUAAAACCGCUGGACGCCAUAACCUGGUUAAGGUCAUUGUUAUCUGAGGUCUUCCACCUUAUUCACGAGACCCGCCAUCUUUAUAAGCUCUUAAGGACUGAUGGGAUAAAAAUAUGGCUGUCAAAACUCGGUUUCCAUGGCAACGUCAAUGUUGACGACGACUUAAAAAUGUUCCCAGAUAGGACAAACUACUAAGUUUGGUGGUCAUAGCUUAAAACCUUUUGAACUUGUUUAAACUUUUUCGCGAGGGGGGCUCCAAAAGCUCCCCCCUGUCUGAAUAGGGUUAAGAGAUAUCAUCACCAACCAAAACCCACAGACGAAAAUACACGACGCCGAGCGUUUUAAAAUUGUUAUGAUAAUCAAAAGGCUGGAAAUCAAGUCCUGGUAUGUUUAGUCCUAGAACGGACUGUUGUUGACAGUGACUGACGUUUCGAAAACCUAUUCGGUACUCAUUUUGAGAGUCAAAGUGAGUUGUAUCAAAUCAGUUGAUGGUAUUUCACUCUGGUUAUUGACCUGGUUGCUCAAUAAAUUCGCGAUGUUGUUGGUCUUCUGUUAGUAAUAAGCCGUGUUACACUAAUAACGGUCAUUUUAAUAUUAGUCAAAUUGAAGGUUGUUUACGAUAGAAUGAUAAUUUCAUGACCAUCCAGUGUCUAUAUACCAGUGCAUUUGCCCAAAUGAUGGAGUUACGCUUUGUUGUAGGUAUAACAUCACCAGUGAUGACGUCCCACGUGAAUUUAAUGUCAAAGACAACGGAAAGUAAGUGAAACUAAUAGAGUUCCUUUCCUUGUCCUAGUGCGACUCUUACACCCCAGCAUGGCUAGCCUGCGAAAACAUCCCUUUCUCCUCGCUCUUCGCUGCUUGGGACGUUUCGCGCGGAGGAACGCGCGAAACGUCCCCAGCGGCGAAGAGCGAGGAGAAACGGAUGGUUUCGCAGGCUACAGCAUGGCACUUCUGUACUUUUGACCACCUGUCUGAAAGGCCUAUUGUGCUUUUAAGGAAAACGGCAUGCACAUCGUUAGACUGAAUCCUUCGAUAACACUCCUGCCAAGGGGUUUCAAGCUAUUUCACUUUUGUUCCCUCUAAGGUUACGUUUUAUGUACAUCCAAGAAUAUUCGAAAAAUUUCAAACAUAUCAAAAUUCAAUGGUAGCAAUGAUUACUAAUUGUACGGGUUGUUUACAGGUGAAUUUCUACUAACACCUCUACGCAAGGGUCGCUUUCUUGUCUCUGUGGACAGCUCAAACAAUCAAAUGCUCGUAGUUCCCAAUUUGAUGUGUAAACCACUGAAGACGGCCUUUCCUCACUAUAUAAGUGAAAGCAAUUUAUCCGGCGGAAACUUUCCACAGACGGUCCUUAUUAACAGUAAUUUCUGACACUCUGUAGGGUUGGUUUCCUUUGUUUGCCUUGUUCAAGUGCGUUUUUUUCUUUGUUUCUUUUCUUUCUUUUUUUUUGAUCGACGUGACAAACCACGGCCCCGUGAAAGAGCCUCGGUUGUCAUUAGGUUGAUUUAGCCACAGAACGGGAACCCCAGAUGACGACGGUGAGUGCAAAUCAAACUGGCCUCGGUUGAUCAAAGGCUGGAUAGUGCUAUCCACCGGAUAAAUCUCUAUCCACUGGAUAGUGAUUCAUCCGGUGGAUAGCACUAUCUAUCGUUUGAACAACCGGGCCGUGGCGACAACUGGCUUGACCGAUAGCAGAGCGGCAAAUUGGUCACCGGAAGUCGCGUUUAGUCCUUUUCGCGUGCUUUCCCAUCGUCAACUGACGUUCUUGUUCUGUUGCUAAAUCAGCCUGUUUAUUUCUAUAGUCGUGGAAACUGUUACAUGACCACCAGAAAACUGAUCUCUCCUUCCCGUCUCCCUGUAUCGUGAUAGCCAAAUAACCUCUGGAACACAUAUUUUUACGAAGAUCUAUCUUAAAGUGAUCGUCUUUGCUCUCACAGAGUUAAGAACAACCCGAAAACUAAAGCAACUGACGGGCAAACGGAUCUUCAGCUCGCCCUGAACACAGCUCAGGUUGGACGAACAUUCCAGGACAGAAGUCACGUGUUCUUACUGAAGCCACGGAAUCUUCUUCCCGAAAAGUACCAGCAAUCAAACAUUAGAUACAUCUUUGGAAUGGGAAAGAGGGGGAACAUUGUCCAGGCGUAUCCCGCCAUGGAAUAUCGUUUCUUCCCAGAACGCGUUUCUGUUACAACUGAUGAUCUAGUUUGUUUCGUUUGGUCCGGUAAGAACUACUCCCAGCUAGCGGGACUAAUAGGCCACUUUAGAUUUCCAAAAUCCCUCACUUUCAAAAUAAGGUCAAGUUUUAUUUGCAUGAGAAUGGAAAAUCAUUUCCAUAUCAAAGGCUGAGCACUUAACCUUGUUUUGAUACAGAGGCCUGGGAGAACUCGGAAAUGGCCUAUUAAGUUAGUCCCCCACGUAGCCGUUACUGUCUCGUCACAAAACGCGCGUUACGUGACAAGACCUGCGUGACUAACUUAGGCUGUAUUCACACAAUACCGGUGCCAACACGAAAAGUGUGAAAAGCGCUAGAAACGGCCCGGGACUGUAGCAAGUCGUUCACACAAAUCGAAUAUCGUGCCGGCGCGGUUGGUCGAGGGGGUUUGGUGAACUAAAUCCCAGUCCUCACUCCUGAGUUUUUACUUCCGUUUCAGUAGUUUCCAUUUGAUACUUGCCUCUACUUAUUCACUUCCGCUACGGUCCGAAUACCUGUUCACACCCAGUGCACCAAAGUAAUGGUACAGAACCUAUCCGAUAUGUAACGCUCUAUGUUCGAGAUCGGCGCCGCUCAGCUCAGUCACAGAAACCUCGCCGAAGUCACCGUUCCGUUGUGUUUGAACAGAAACCCUUUCCAGUAUCAUUUUCGUGGCGUCGCAAAAGCUAUCCGGUAUAGCGUGAAUGUAGACUUAAAAAUCAUUGCUUAUCACUUUUGUUAAAAGCACGCUACAGUAAACACUUUUAAAACUCUUUACUACAGUGUUGUCGCAGCAUUUAACACUUGAAAAGGGUCUAAAAUUGCUUAUUAUCUCCCUCCUAAUUCUUUUAUUCUCCAGGUUGGAACAAUAACCCGAACAAUGCUGGGGAAGGAAGAGCACGUAAGAAGUUUCUUUUUUUUUAUUUUGUUGUUUGGGAGAGAAAGAGAAAGGUACACGGUUGAUACGCUCAUAUAAAAGCAACCCCGCCUCAUUUUUUAAGCCUGCUCAGUGACUACAUUAGUUGAAAAAAAAAAACCGGUUAAUGUUCUUUCUUUACAAUAACUUUUUUCUUGAUUAAAACGCGGUGGUGAAUUAAAAACCUGCUGAAUAAAUGAGAAAGAUGUUUUCAAUUUACUGCCUCCAUCAAAUAGAAGAGUUUGACGAACAUUCCAGGACAUGAAAAUCAAUUACUGAAAAAUCAUCUUUCUCAUUUUACUUUACUUCAAUAUAAAUUCGUUCAGAGCUCACACACAUACAAAUGUUUCCAUGUGUGUUUCAGGCACGGAUCGCACCAACGUGUGUUGGGUGAAGGAAGGAUGUAGUUCUCUUCAACCCAAAGCUUGCUCCAGCCUGCCUCUUGAAGUCGUUGAUUAUGUGGAUGAAUUUGACGCCAAGAAGCUGAACCUUUACCUUAACACAGGGUGUUACACCGGUGAUCCUAAAAGACUGCAGGCUCAGCUUGAUAACGCGUCAGCCUCCUGUAAUCCACCGUGUUUCCGCAUCACAAAGCCUGGGGAGUACUGUUAUAUGAGCACGCGCAAUAACAACUUCUCCAACCGACGUCACAUGGGACAGAUUACAGUCACCGAACCUCCUUAG